CAACAACAAUGCGAUCGACUGGGACAAACCCAACAUAACCAUCAACGAGAAAAGACGCACCGACAAGCGUAACGGCGGGCAUUACGCUGCCAAUGCUGGUAUAAAAACAUAAGUGGCCAAUGUUAAGGGCAUCAGUUGGGUUCAUUAUAUCUCUAGGGAAUCAAGUGGUUGAAGCAAGCGCACGCACCAACACCAACCGGCUAACAGACACACACACUCACACACAACAACAUGUUUAAAUUCACGCUGAUGACGCUCUUGUUUGUGGGUGUUGCCACAAUGGUGGCCAAUGGCCAGGUUUACGAUGACGAAACGGCCGAUAUUGUGGAAAUGGCCUUCGAAGAGGCAGAAGCAGCUGAGGCCGAUGAGGCCGACUUUUAUGCCAACGACAAUGACGUAAUGGAGGAUAAUUUGGGUUAUGUCUACAACGAUGGCGCAUUGGAAGAUAACAUCAAUGUGGCAAUUAAUGCCGCAAUUUUGGAUAAAUACGGCCAGGCAGUGACUAGUGAAAGAGCGGAAUAUGAAAGUAGUUUGGGGGAUGAAUCGGCAAACAGUGCAGUGGAAAAUAAUGAGGUGGAUGAAGAAAUCGAAACUGUGAAAAAUAGUGAUGAUGAUGAUACGAAUGUGAAAACUCAUGAAUCUCUUGUCGAUGAGAAAUCUUCCAGAUCAAGUGUUGGUGGUAAAAGUUUUGUGGCCAAAAAGGCAAAAAAGUUGGAAACAACAAAGCCCCUAGCGAAGCCAGUGCAAAAUGUCCAAUACGAUGACAAUGAUACGAUUACACGUUUUGUAAGUCAGGUCAAUCCGGAUGGUACUUAUGGUUUUGAUUUUGCCCAAUCCAGUGGCUUGGAGUUCAAAGAAAAGGGCCAGGGUGGCGUUUUUGCUGAGGGUUCAUAUCAAUACAUCUCACCGGAGGGUGAGCAUAUAUCGGUGACCUAUACGGCUGAUGAAAAUGGUUUCCAUCCCGAAUCGAGUGUGCUACCCACACCACCACCAAUACCAUCCUACAUACUCAAGGCGUUGGAGUAUAUUCGCGAACAUCCAAGUGCCGAACAAAAGACCGAAGAGGCCUCCGAGGCCGUCGAGGGUGAAGCUGAAGCGUAACGAAGUGUAAACAUGUGUUUGUUUUUGUUUCUAUUAGCCAGAGAUAUUUUAAUUGUGUUCUAGUGUUAAGUUAUUGU